CCGCGGAUGCCCUGCCUGGAGUGCUCCGUGCGGCGCCGGGCUUGCCAGGGUCCGCGGCGAGACAUGCCCGAGCCGGGCGCUGCACCGACCUCGACUUCUCUGUAGGCAGCAGAAGGAACCAUGGUCAGCAAGGACUCGGGCAGAUGCAUACUCAUGACACCCGAGCAGGAAGUGGAGCCGGCCGCCUGCCUGGCCUUGGAGAUGAGAUACGCCCUGGACCCCAACCGGCAGAUCAAGAAGCGGAACAAGGCCUUGCAGGUGCGCUUUAAGGACAUCUGCGAAGCCCAGAAUGAGCAAAGGGACUCGCAGCUGUCCUCAGGACAGACGGGGGAGAAGCGGGAAGCCAAGGCCGUGUCCUGCAGGGCAGUGUAUCGCAAGUACAUGACAGUGCCCGCUCGCAGAUCCAUCCCCAACGUCACCAAGAGCACGGGUGUGCAGACCUCGCCAGACCUGCGCAAGUGUUACCAGACCUUCCCGCUGGACCGCAAGAAAGGCAGCCUCAAAGGCCUGCCAACUGCGGAUGGCUUCAGAAGCCAGAACAAUGGUUUCCCAGCAGAUUCAAAAGAAAAGAGCGAGGCCGGACCCAAGGAAGACCCCCAACCUUGCGGCGCGGGGAGAAUUCACAAGACCACAGCCUUGGUUUUCCAUUCCAACGAGCACCUGAAUGCGCUGGACCAGCCUUCCGGGGUCAACUGUGCAGAGGUCUGCAAGAACCCGGACCGGCUCGGCCACCAUGAGACUCUGCUCCAGAACUCUCGGCCUCCUUCUGAGGAGCCCAUCCACCAGCCGCAGGGGAGAGCAAAGUCCAACAGGGGUACCCCGGACUCAGAGGAGCCUGCUCCCCUCACCCACGGGAGGGUGUUUAAAACGGAGGUCGCCACUGUGUACCCGCCUGCCAUCGGUGCCAGGGCCCCUGAGCCUGGCUUCUCAAACUCUGCGGCUGCCAGUCAGUGGUCCCUCUGCCCUGUGGAUGAGGAGCAGGGGAGGGCGGCCCACCUCAACGGGCUGCAGGCGUCCACGGCCUCUGCUCUGGCCUGCGCACCUCCAGUGCAGUGCCCGCCCCCAGAAUUUAGCGAACAGCCCCCUCAGACCCAGCCCGGCCCCACAGCCGGAGAGGGAGAUGAAGAAUGCCGACAGAUCGUGCCUCACACAGAAGUAGUAGACCUCAAGGCCCAGCUGCAGGUGAUGGAGAACCUCAUCAGCUCAAGCCAGGAGACCAUCAAGGUGUUGCUGGGAGUUAUUCAGGAGCUGGAGAAAGGAGAGGCCCACCGGGAAGGGCUUUCGUAUCGGACAGGGCAAGACACAGCUAACUGUGAUACCUGCAGGAACAGCGCGUGCAUCAUCUAUAGCGUGGAGUUGGACUUCAAACAGCAGGAAGACAAACUCCAGCCCGUGCUGAGGAAACUGCACCCUGUCGAGGAAACUCAGGUCGCCCCUUCGCCUUACACUCAGGAGACUUACUCCUCCACGCCCAAGCAAAAAUCCAAAACUGAGUCCAAAAAGCACGGGAGAUGGAAACUCUGGUUUCUUUAAGACUCGUGGGGUUGGGAGUCCCCAGGUCAUCUUUCGAACCCACUGGAAUUCAAGUCAAUCCUUUUCCAAAAUGAACAGGAUCAAGGGACCUGCGGUGCCGAUAUGUGAUCCCCGCUUCUUGCCCUGCGUACCAAACAGGCCUUUGCACCAAUGGGUAAUUAGCAACAAGGGACUAAACAUUACCCCUUGCCAGGUGUCCUUUGCAGCUCAUGGAGGUGGGAUGUAAAAUCCUACAUAGUCAGAGAUAAGGAAAAAUUCUACCCCCCACCUCCCUACCUAUGAAUAUUACAUUAUCAGCCUGUGAUAUGGUGGGCUAGCCUUCUGUCCACAGCUGGAACUUUUAAUUAUUUUUGAUCCUUUUUUUUUUUUUAAAUAAUGAGAAGAAAAAGCAAGCCUUAUGUUUGCAAAGGACUUCAUUUUUACUUUUCAUUUUGCAAAUAAGCAGGGGGCGAGUGCAAUUUUCAGCACAUCACAUUCUGGAGAAAGCACAAUUUUUUUCAAGUGGUCGGAGACCAUAAAUAAUCUCGAAAAUGUGACUCUAUGUAUAUCUGCCUUUGUGUGCCGUAGCGCUAAGCCAAGUGAUCACAUCUCAGUGUCACAUUGACACCUCAGAUUUAGCACCCUCUUCAUCUCCAGAUGGACAACAUGUUUACUGCUCAUUUUCCAAAUGGCCAGCAGCCAGGAGCCCCCCACCCCAAGUCAGGACAUGCCUUUAAUCAUUGCAAACUGACAGGGUCAGAGCUAUCGGACACUAAGCUUUCUUAGAUCUCCACCAAAUGGUGGAUUCUGGCAAGAAUUUGAAAAGACCCAGAGGACGCACAAUGGCAAUACAGUUACCAAUGAAUUAGCACCUGGAGUGAGGCGGAAAGCAUUUUUGUGGCUCCAGCCCAGGCGACAUGAUUCCCUCUGUGAGUGCAGCAGGAUGUUUAUACAAUUCGUUACAUUUUGUCAGGACUGGAGAUCUGACCACCUCAAAGAAAAACAGUGGGUUUCCUUUAGCUGCUACCAAGGACAAACAAUAUCACCUACAUUUAACCUAUCAGUAAGUUGUAUUAAAAGACAUACUUAGGUGAAAGCUGUGACCCAAAAGUUUUUAGGUAUUUUUUAAAUCUGCCGUCUGUCACAGCGUUCUUCCUGACUACAUGUGGCAACACCGUUAUUUUUCCACUCAUUCCUUUGCACCUUUGCAAGUAUUUUUAUAGAAACCAAAAUCCCUUGGGUGUCAAAGACUUUGUCAAUGUUUUCGCUUCUCAUGUAUGAAGUAUCGACCUUAUUUUGCCUUUUGUUCAUUUUUCUUUUUUGUACAACUUAAAUUUUGACUAGUUUGUGAGCAGAUCAGAAAACCUCGUGUUGCGUGUCUGUCCGGCAGUCUCUUUGGGAAGUGCGUGCUGAGUGUCACACCUCUGAGAUUAGAGGUGGCUCAGCUUUGGGAGAGGACCAGACCUGCUUUGGAUGGACAAAAGCUGCUGCUCUCCAGACUCAAUGGAAACUCCACUGUAGCUCUAAACAUCCGGGUUAUACAAGGAUCUAGAUCAGCAAUUCGAACUGGUCUUAAAAAGUAAAGAAAAACCUAAAAGAUGGUAUAAGUGCUCUUUGAGGGUCAAACCACACUGUAGAAGUGUGCAUAAUUUAAAACACACACACACACAAAUGUGCAUUUAUGGAAAUACUAUGUAAGGAUUCAGUUCACUGGAACAGCAGUAAACAGACUGAGAAAUAUCUUUUGUGUAAGAAAGCUCAUCAGGCUGGUCCUAAACCCUGAAGGAAGUGCAAUUGCCCCACGUAGACUAAAACUUUAAAAAUGUGUUUCAUGUUUUUAUACUGUUUUUAAAUAAUGUUACAAAAUGUUGACAACCAAUUCUCGUUAUGUUUUAAGAAUUAUAAUGACCUUGGUGAGUGGAAGGGAGGCUUGGCAGCUUUCGAUCAAGUAAGGCUUCUGUCUAAAUGAGAGUACGUGCGAUGUCACUGUUUCCCAAAAUUAACAGAUUAAAUGUUUCAGAGCCACAAAAGAAACUCUGAAGAUAAACUAAUUCCUCCUCAAAAAUAAAAGCAUCUUCGAAAAUAGAAAAAAAAAUUCCAACCUCAUUUCACAGUCGAAUUGCAAUUUUCCAAUGACAAAGGGUAAUCCUUCUCUUGGAAAGAUUUAAGUCGAAACUUUAAUGCAAAAACAAGGUAAAAAGUACAGUGUUUCCUCCGAUGUAGACAUGGCAUU